GCUUACACCUUGGUUAUCUCCAUGUAUUUCCUUUAAUUUAUUACACUACGAUGUAAACAUUGUGUAAAAUAGUGCAAACGCUGCAAUAAUCAUUAUUGUUUUCACUUACUCUCGCUUUCAUGAGCGGUAAUCGCUAUCGAGUUUGCCAAAUCUUCUCUGAUAAUUACCUUAUUUAGUAUGUCUGCUUAUGUUAAAUAAAUUUAUAAUUUAGCAAACCGGCAACAAAGCAAAGAUGGUCGCUCCAAUGCAGGCAAACGCGUAAAACAAAAUGUCCAGAGAGACCCAUGGCGUUUUGAAACUUCACAUGAGAAUUUUCAUAAUUCAACAAUCUCAAACUCUAAAUUUAACCUGUUAUUUGUCUUAAAUUUGAAUAAUUUUGUAUUAAUUCUCGAAAUUCUGAUUUUUAUGACUCAAAAAUCCAAUUUAGUUUUGCUUAGUUCUUUCACAUGCAAACAGUGUACUCGUCUCAGAGUUGCUAUAUCUGAUCACAGCCUUCAUGUUUUCCGAAAUAAUCAUUGCUCGGGCCAUUUUGUGUGUUCUCCGUGAAUUACUGUAGCACGUGUUUGUAGUUUUAACUUCAACUCGAACUUUGUGGAAUGUGGUAAUCAUAAGUAUCCUUAUCCUUUUCAUUUUAUACAUUAACUCCCUAGUUCUUUGCCUUAUUUAAACCUCCAUCAUGAAUUCCGACAAGCUGAAGAAACUUCAAGCCCAAGUCAGAAUUGGUGGGAAAGGCACACCAAGAAGAAAGAAGAAGGUCGUUCACACUACCGCCGCUGACGAUAAGAAACUACAAAGUUCACUAAAGAAAUUGGCCGUUAACGCCAUUCCUGGUAUCGAAGAAGUCAACAUGAUAAAAGACGAUGGCACGGUGAUUCACUUCAAUAACCCUAAGGCACAAGCAUCUCUACCCGCUAACACAAUUGCCAUAAAUGGCCAUGGUGAAAUUAAACAAAUUACUGAUAUGUUACCGAAUAUUUUAAGUCAACUAGGACCAGAAGGUUUAACACAGCUGAAGCGUCUAGCCACUAGUGUCUCAAGUAAUGCACCAGUUCCGAAACCACCCGUAGAAGAAGAUGACGAUAUUCCAGAACUAAUCGAAAACUUUGACGCGCGUUGUACCCAGUAAACUUCUGUUUGUUGCUGUGGUUAGUUCUACGAAGAAACAAACACAAGUCACCGGAUCCUUGCAUUUGAACUUCAGAAAAUCAAGUCUCCUCAAAACAACAGAAGUAAUUUUUUUGUGAUUUAAUCAACUCCCGUGCUUGUUUUUCAUUUUAUCUUUUCACAGCCCUCUUUUUUUGUUAUCGAUUAAUUUUAAUAUAAUAUUUAAAUUUAAGCCUGUAAGGAAUUGUUUUACUUUUCUUUACAUUUUGCAGUUUCUACUCCUUGUCUGUAUCCAGACAAACCCUACAUUGGUUUAAUCAAAGUUAUGAAAAAUGAAUACAAAGCAUUUUUAUUCAGAAA